GGGAACCGCAAAUUAUAUCGUUUCAAAAGCCAACCAGGUCUUUUUGGCCAGUGAUGCUGAGGUGUCCUCCUUUGUUGAUUACAUCCAUGGAACAACUGGACAUAAUCCAGGGAAAGGGAGAUGUGGUGCGGGUCAGUGGACAGCAGCACGAGAGUCUGCCAGCAAGUCUGCAAGCAAACUAGACGAGGAAGGUGUUGAAGUUGCUGUCUGCCGUCAUGGGGUCUUGCUGAAGGGACUGAAUAUGUUCCGUGGAGAAAUAUUUGCAUACCCAUUAUAUCUCCAGAAACAGCUAGCUUCACAGACCGUCCAGUUUUUUUGCUCUGAUGUGGUCUGCAAAUAUUGGCCAUAUCUGCAGAGAGUUGUGGACCACUGUCCAGAGUUGGAGGACUUGCUGAACAUGCGCCCAUUUCUCUCCAUCAUGCAUGCAAAAGCGCAUUCUUGGAUGUGUGAGUUAAAAUGGGGGGGACGCAAUCAAGAAGGAGCUGGAACAACAAUCGGGGAGGAGGUUGAACAGGUUAACAGCUUCCUCUCCCGAGCAGCCAUCUGUUCCAAGUACAUGUCAAAAGCCGUUCGCACAGACAUGCUGACAAUCCAGGCAAGUGGCUGGAACAAGCGAAAGGCGGAAAACCUUGACCGGACACUGGCCAUAAGAUACAUCAAGACUGUACAAAGGAUUACAGAGGCAACAAAGGACCUGGAGAAACUCACCGCAGAGUUGUCUAUACAGCAAGACAUAGUCCAGCAGUGGGUGUCUGAUGUUCAGCAGUGGACCUCAGGAGCAACAACCCAAAAUGACCUGCAGAGGACCAUCGAGGGGUUAUAUUUGGGCAUCAAACAGCGAAAAUUUCAGCUGUAUCGUCAGUCUGGUGGGAAUAAACGAAGGCAUCAACUGAGAAAAAAGAUUGCUCUUGAGAAAAAAGCCUUGGAAGUUGCCAUCAAUGACCAUAAUACUACUGUGGGGGAAGUUGGAAAACUCCCUCCUCCCAAUGAACUCCUGGCUGUGGACAACUACUCCUGGCCAUGGGAAUGUCAUGGUGAUAUGGAGCGAAAAAAAAAUGUUUUUGAUAAGGUAAUGCUGCUGGCUAGACUGAAAGAAGAAGAAGUCAUUGUGGUUCGUGAAGUCAAACAGCACAUGGAGUACAUGAGGAGUGUUGCUGGACUGAUUAAAGAGCUUACCUUUCAGCUCACUGAAGACACCAAUGGCAAAUGCAGUACAGAGGGAUUGAUGGAGAAAGGACAUGAGGGACUACUCUGAUUGUGUGAAGUUGAAGCACAGCUGGCCACAGCACGCACAACAUACAAUAGUAUUCUUGGACUGCAAACAUUGUCCUUAGAUGACUUCUCUGAAGAGGAAGACUUGGAGAAUACUUCUUCUACUGAUGAGGAACUGGGAGACUAGUUAUUAGGGACAUGAUGUGUAUCGAACUAAAACAGUGCUGUAAAUAACUUGUUUGUAAAACCUGAGGCAAUUUUACUGCUGUUUACUGCAAAUUCCUCUGAAACUGUAAACAACCAUUAUGUUAGUAUUGUGCAUCCUACAUAGCUUCACUGUAUGUAUUGUUACUCUCUCCAACAGUGUGCUAUUUGUGCUUAUUUUUCCACAUGUUAGUAUAUUAAUUCUCUCUCUCUCUCUCACUC